AUGCCUCGCACGAAGAAAAAACGCGGCAAAUUUGAGGAAAAGAGAGAGAAGCGGCAACACGACAACUCAGACAGAUCGCACGACAAUGUCAAGCGGCGAAAACUCGACAAUGGCAACGAUAUUGAGGCAAAUGAGAAUGGCGAAGAGGAGUACUUCUUCGAGGACACGGCGCCAGGACCACCUGUGGAGGGCGCCGAUCCAGACAAGAGCGAUAUCACUUACUAUGGUCUUCUGACCGACGAAGAAUCAACCUACUACGCCAACGUUAACGCCAAGGUCGCAGCCAAUGAUUUCGAAGACGAGGACGAUAGAACAGCGUUCAUUGACGCAGUCUAUAGGGAGUCUCGGGGUAAGGAGAUGAAGCUCGCCUCGAGUCAGUCUUCCUCACGGCAUCUGGAACAGUUGCUCAAGAUUUCGAAUUCUGAGCAGUUGAAGAACUUCUUUGCCGCUAUACUGGAAGGUCUGGUGCAACUGAUGCAGCAUCGCUUUGGAAGCCAUGUCUGUGAGACCGUGUUCUUAGAAUGUGGCAAACACAUCGACGCGGCGGAGGACCAAGUAGAGAAGGACGGAACAACGACCAUGACUGGGCUGUUCCUCCGAACGGCAGAGUUGCUAGAAGGCCACAUCGCAUACAUGCUCACGGACCGAUUUGCGUCGCACACGAUUCGCGUAUUGUUACUGGUCCUGUCAGGCGAGCCAUUGGAUGUGCCCUCGAGCACGGCCGUCUUCGCGAGUAGGAAGAGACAGAAAGACGAGUUGUCUGCCAGCCAGUCACAGAUACAUGCUUCGAAGGAGUCAUCAGCCGACAGGCGAAAAGUGCCCAAAUCCUUCUCGAAAGCCAUGUCGAAGAUCACGUCAGCUGCAGUUGCCGGUCUCGAUCCCACCUAUCUGAGGUCCCUUGGUACACAUCCGACAGGAAACCCUGUACUGCAGAUCCUGCUUCAGCUCGAGCUAAGCAACUCGGAUCGUGGGAGGAAUUUGGAUAAAGAUUCAUUGUUCAACAGGCUCAUCGAGCCCGACCAAUUGAACACCGACUCAGAGGGCGCCAAAUUCAUCUCGAGCCUGACAUACGACCCGACAGGAUCUCGCCUGAUCGAGAUCAUAGUCAGAUAUUCACCAGCUAAGACUUUCAAGAAACUGUAUCAAACCGUCUGGCAGGAAAAAAUCCGCAGUAUGGCACGAAAUGAUCUUGCUAAUUUCGUCGCCAUCAAGGUUUUGGAACGUAUCGGAAAGGACGAUCUGGAAGUGGCUCGUGAACAGAUCUUGCUCGACCUACAGCUACUCAUCGAACGCCGGCGUUUCAAACCUCUUGCGAAGUCUUUCAAAGCUGUCAGCCAGAGCACGCACAGCAUCCUGCAAGAUGUACUCUACCCAAGUUCAGUGGACUCAAAGCUCGAUGCUCGUAGCGAAAGCAAGAAAGCGGAGAACAAAUCCACACCAAGAGCCGACACGCACGGCUCACUCCUUGCGCAGAGCAUGAUUGCCGUCGAAGCCACAGCUCCGCUCAUUCUCGACUGCAUCGCCGCCCUGCCUCCUACCGAGCUAGUUGCCUACGCAACGGACCCUGCCGCCUCCCGCCUUAUUCAAGCCGCCCUCACACCGUCUCCGACAAUUUCUAUGUCAUAUCGCAAGCUCCUCGUGCCCAAGUUCACCGGCCACAUUAAGCAGCUAUCCACCGAUAGCGUCGGCUUAUAUGUCGUUGAAGCUCUCUGGCCCGCGACGAAUGGUGCCCACUUCAUGAAAGAACGGAUCGCGAAAGAACUCGCGGACAGUGAGGAAGAGUUACGAGACAGCUACUUUGGGAGAAGAGUGUGGCGGAUGUGGCAGAUGGACGUCUACAUAAGAAGCAAGGCCCAGUGGCAGGGGAUGGCUAAGGGGACACCGGGGAGUGAGGCCGACAAUCGAAUGUUGGCCGGUAAUGGGACUCAAGUCCCCCAUGAGAGGAAGAAGAAGCCGAUAGAGCUAGCGAGGGAGAGGUGGGCUUUAGAGCAGGCUAAGAAGCUGGACUCGCAACAAGAAGGCGCUGUCCAGGAGCAGCGAUGA